AUGAGCACUCCAACCGGAGUGCUGUCUCGAGCCGUGCGGGGCGGCUCGUACCGCUUCCUCCAGCGUCUGCUAACCUUUGCCGCCAACUCGCUAGUGCUUCGCAAAUUGCACCUUAAUGUGACGGGCGCUGUGACCGUCCGCCUGGAGCUGGCGCUGGCCUCCAUCUUCCUGUUGCGCGACGGAUUCCGCCUGGCAUUCCUGCGCAUGCCGUCACUCGACUCGAAAGCUCCAGGCAAUGGGAAAGCGCACAUACAGCAAUUGGUGAACGUCGCGUGGCUGUCGACGGCCAUCAGCUGGGCGGUAGCAGCACUUGUGCUCGUAUAUUCAGCAGUUGGAAGCCCAUCGGAGACUUUGAAAGGUGACGAGGCAUUGGACGGGUACUCGGCAGUGCUAGCAAUGUACUGCGGUGCUGCGAUGAUCGAGGCAUUGGCUGAGCCGAUGUUUGUACUGGCACAUGCCAGUGUGUUGGUGAGCUGGCAAGUGGCGGCUCAGAGUGCCGCCUUUUUAGUGCGAGCAGCAGUACAAUAUGUCGGGGUCGUGGUUCUGGAGUUGAGUUUGACUGCGUACGGAGUUGCAGAGCUGUCGUACGCGUUGACGCUGUUGAUAAUGUUCGCAGUGUUCUUCUGGAGAAGGGUCUACGGGAGUUCGAGUGGAGAGGAGAAGUUCGCAUUGACAAGUAUGCACCAGUUGCUGCCUGGUAAACCGGACGGAGAUGCGGACUGGUGUCACAACGAGUUGAUGGCGCUGCUGGUGCCACUGAGUGUACAGAGUGGAGUGAAGUAUCUUUUAGCGGAGGGAGAUAAAUGGGUGCUAACGGGCUUCGCGUCACUGCAGCACAUGGGGGUGUACGGGUUGGUGUCAAACCUCGGCUCUCUGGUGCCUCGCAUUGUGUUUUUACCUAUCGAAGAAGCCACCAAGACGAUCUUCAGCAAGCUGGCUCUUGCUCAGAAGCAGAAGAGCGAGGAUAACGACGACAAAGAGAGCAAGAAGAAGAGUCUGGUGGAUGGACAAACGCUGUUGUUGGUGUUGCUCAAGCUCAUGAAUCUGGUGGGAUUGGUGUUCGUGUGUUUCGGCACUAGCUACGCAAACACGUUGGUAUUGCUGCUGUAUGGAGCCGAGAAGGCUAGACAAGGUGUGGGCGCUGCGUUAUCUGUCUACUGCGUCUACAUCCCGUUCCUAGGUGUAAAUGGCGUCAGUGAAGCUGUGGUCCACGCCAUUGGAGACGACCACGAGUUAAUGCGACUCAACAAGCUUCUUGGUGUGUUCUUUGCCAUCUACGCGUUCAGUGCGCUCGUGUUCAUGCAAGUGCUCGACUGGGGAACUCUUGGACUCAUUCUGGCAAACUGCGUCAACAUGGCUUGUCGUAUCCUCUACUGUUUGACGUUCCUGGCUUCAUACUUCCGUCAAGUCAGUCCCAAGGCUCAUUCAAGUAAUAGUUUCCUCAAUGGAAUAUCGUUUUGGCGUCGAUCACUUCCUGAUCGGCUCGUUAUGGCCGCUUUCUUCUCGUCAAUGGUGCUAACAGCCAUUUCCCAGCGUGUACUGCUGGGUUCCGCGUCGAUCUCAUUGGUGCGGCACGCGUUGCAUGUCGCUGUGGGGGUAGUCUGCUUUGGUGGAACGAUUCUCGCGCUCUACAUCAAGGAGCGACAUCUUCUAGGCGCUCAAUUGAAAGCUCUCCGAGGCCAAAGCAAGGCUCACGACGACUAG